CACACACGCUACAAGAUCACACCGGGAAAACGAGAGAGGAAAGAAAAUUAUAGGCGAGAGAGAGGAGGAAGGAAACACCGCAGCACCUCCGUCCGUUUGGUUGCUGUUUUUUGGGGGGUUGAAAUCGUAUCUUCUUUUCACGCAGACUUGCGGACUAACAUGGGGGGAAGAGAGCGCUCCUGACGCGGAUUGACUUUCAGAGAACCUUUGCUCUUUGGUGCAAGUCUGUGGCUAAUAGGCAGGGAGGACAUGUUGAGGUUUUUUUCGUCUUGAGGUUGCCGUAGGAUGUUGAUGUGCUCUUAAAAAACAGACGGCUCCUCGUAGAGAAACAAGACGAGGCCAAAUGGAAAUUGGGCGGUAGGUUAUGCUCACGAGCCAUUGUUUUAAUCCGUGUUUAUUUAAUUGGCGUGUUGUGAUCUGAAAUAACGUAGGCCUCUUAGGCAGCCCUGCAGUAAAUAAAUACACGGUCAGCAAACGUGAUACAAAGCUGAAAAUUAACCCGACAAACCUGGUGGUAUUUUAGGGGGACAUGUUUGGAUUGAGACACUCUGUUUUGCAGUAAGGUUAAAACAGCGUUUAAGAGCGUUCUGGUUUUUUUUAAACAAACGCGGUGGAUGAAUUACAUUCUUAAACCAGAGAGCCAAAACAUUUAAACUCUUCAGGGGGGUCAUACAAACGCCCAGUACAGAAUACAGUAGAGGCUAAUUUGCAUCAUUAUUGGACUAUUUUAUCUGCAGUGGAACACCUUCCACAAACUGACUUUUAGCACAAAGGUGCACACGAUUAGGCAGUCUAUUUCACCCCCAGUUUAGCAAAAGACAGGGGACAAACGAAGAUUUUUAAAUGUUAAUGUCUACCGACGUUGCAUCCAUCAUGCUGCCUGUGUCCCGGGGUCUCAUGGACCGGGAUAGAGAGCUGGACUCCAUGGCCGGGGUGCACCCCAACGCCGGCGGCCCUCCUGCGGUUGUCCGGGGCAUGAAGCGCGGAGACCCGGAGCCCGACGGACAGACAGCGGCUGCUCUUGUGGACUCGACCGGGGCGGAGUGCAAGCGUCCCCGGAUCGACGGCUCGGGAGGUAUUGGCGAGGUUGGCCAGAACAACGACCCUUUGACCCUUGGUUACCAUGGCUACCCAUCUCAUAGUCAGGGCUCUCAGGAUAGUGCUGGCGGACAGGAGGGGCUCAUACCUCCGCCUUUCUCUGCCUUCCCUCCACCUCCACCACCGCCCCCCCAGAACGGCCUGGCCCUGGAUUACGGGGGAAGCCUGUAUGCAGCGGGGGCCGUCCAGGGCCCCGUGGAAGCCGGCGGAGCUGUGAACAGUGCUGCCAAUGCUGCCAGCCUCAGUGUCCAACAGUCAGAUGGGUCUUCCCAGAUUGACGGUCAGUCAGUUGUUGGCUCAGGAGGAGGUGGAGGGAGCAUUGGGGAUGAUACAGACGCCAAGGGGACGCCCAAACGCCUCCACGUGUCUAACAUCCCCUUCCGCUUCAGAGACCCUGACCUACGACAGAUGUUUGGGCAAUACGGCAAAAUCCUUGAUGUCGAGAUCAUUUUCAAUGAAAGAGGAUCCAAGGGCUUUGGUUUUGUAACAUUCGAGACGAGUGCAGAUGCAGAGAGGGCCAGGGAGAAACUUCACGGUACGCUGGUGGAAGGACGUAAAAUCGAGGUGAAUAAUGCCACAGCCAGAGUGAUGACAAACAAGAAGAUGACGACCCCGUACUCUAAUGGAGAGGGCCUCGCUACACUGCCAUACGCUGGGUGGAAGUUGAGUCCCAUGGUUGGAGCCAUGUACAGCCCUGAACUCUAUACAGUACCAGGGUUUCCAUACCCAGCGGCAGCCACAGCAGCUGCCUCUGCCGCUGCAAGCUUUCGAGGCGCUCAUCUGCGCGGCCGUGCCCGGCCCGUCUACAGUGCAGUCAGGGCGGCUGUGCCACAACCCGCCAUCCCCACCUACCCUGGUGUGAUGGCCUAUCAGGAUGGCUUUUACGGUGCAGCUGAUCUCUAUGGUGGUUAUGCAGCAUAUCGUUAUGCCCAGCCGACUGCGGUAGCAACUCCCGCAGCAGCGGCAGCUGCAGCAGCAGCUUACAGUGACAGCUACGGACGAGUUUACACAGCAGACCCCUACCAUGCUGCGCUCGCCCCAGCAGCCUAUGGCGUUGGAGCAAUGGCCACACUGUACAGGGGAGGAUACAGUAGAUUUGCCCCUUACUAAAGACACUACACUUUCCAGGAGCUCCUCUCUUCCAUUGAUUUUCUCUGAAAGAGCUCCCUCUGUUGUCGUGGAGGUGGACUGCACCCAGUUUUAAAGUGUGGCGUCGACCACAACAAGAUAUUUCAGAUCCCACCCCAGAGCAGUCCCAAGUUUUCUUAUAUACGCUACUACAGAAAUAGAGGAAUGCUGUAUUAAAGACUGAUCGAUGGCCUUUAUAUUAAAACAAAAAAAGAAGAAAAAAAAGGCAAUAAAUGGCCACCUUCCCUAUUGCACGGCUGUAUUAUAGUCUCCCCUUCUUAAUCCCUCGGCACUCAGCAGCACAAGACUUGUGAUGGAGCCCAGAUGUUCUUCCAAAGGCUGAAGGUGGAUAACUAAACAGCUGACAACCAAGUAUGAAAAAGAGCUGAGUGAUGUGUGGCCUGCACUCAACAUUUAAGGAGAAAGAGAGGGGAUCAAAGUGUCCAUGAAACUUCAGAGCGUUAGAAAGCAGGAAGGUGCCUCGAAAGAGCACCGAAAGAAAAACAUUUUGAAGCAGAAUGAAGAGUCACUAAAAUGAUAAAAACACCCACUGAUGGAUUUUUAUAAUUCCUGCUUAAGGUGGGCGGAUAGUAGUGAGAGGAUUUCCAUUCUCGCUGUGUUCUGGUGGAGGAGACUGAACAUGGCGGCUUGGAGGAAGGAUGAUGGUUUAUAACGCUACAGAAAUCACGUCCGAAGGCUGAAGGGAGGGAGGGUUAUUAGAGCUGUUCCUUACCUCAAGUUUUCUUAGUAUGUGGAAAUGGUGAACCUUUAAACUUAAAAUUGUUAUGAUAUGCAAAGAAAUUAGUUUAGAGAAAAAAGUUACCAAAUUAUUAUUAUUAUUAUUAUUAUUAUUGUAAUUAUUCUCAUUUUUAUUCUUAUAAAACCAUUAUUUUGUUUGACUCGGCAGACACUGCUGAUGUAGAACAUGUAGAUCCAACAGUGAACCUUGGGGUUAAAACUGAAAAUGAACAUCAAUAUUACAAAUAUUUCCCCUUUCUGACUAUUUGACACAAAUAUGGUCUUCAUCAUAUUUUUCACCCACAGGAUUUCACUACACUCUGUGUGCAGCCACCACUCAAACACUACAAAACUUGCAACACUAAAACAUCGUCGUACUUAAUUGAUUUUAAACCUUAGAUCCAAACAAAACCAUCCAACCACAACCCUGAGGUUCAUGUAUUUUGUUGAUCCUUUAAUGUAGAGAUUUAUUAUUUGGAUUUUCCCCUCAUGCUCCAUCUUUUAUAGAGCAAAGUCCAACAUUGAAUGAGUCUUCCUGAAACAUACUUUAGUAGGUAAGUGUUUUCGAGAUGCUGCCAGCAGCGAUUACUGAGCAAGAGAGAGAUUGUGGCGAUGAGUUCAUAGAAAAUAUUUAAAUGCAAAACACCUUACUAUUGUGGAUAUUUCUAUACCGUUGUAUUCUAUAUUUCCAGAUUGUGGCUUUUUUUUGGCUUUUGUUUUUGUUCCAAAGAUUUGUAGAAAGCACAUUUUUCUGCCGUAUGUAUAAAUAUAUUAUCUUUAUCUGUUAUUGUUAUUAUCAUAAUCCUAUGGCUGUCUUUAUUUACUUAUUUUCCAUAUUCUGUUUGUCUUUUUUUUAUAUAUCUGUAAAUGUUGUUCCUUCUCCAAGGUUCAAUUUCAAGUUUUAUUUUUUCUUCUUUGGAGUAAACAUCUUGAGCCGGGAGCGCUUGAGGAAGUGAUAACCUAAAGUGUGCAUGUGACACUAUCAAACUAUUGUCCUCUCGUUAAAUAUUGAGUCAAUCUACACACUUUUUGUUUUGUUUGGGUUGAAUAUAGAAUCUGUUAGCAUGACAUUGAUUAUAUAUCGAAAACAUUUUUAGCAGGAGACCGAGACAUUUGGAAUGAAUUGCCAGCAAACCAGCUGUGCUCCUUUUCUGUUUGAGUUUUACAUUUAUUUAAUAGUUUUGUUGUUUUGAAGCAGACUCCUUACAUUUCAGUGGUUUAAUCUGUCAGCCUGACCUGUAUGGUCGCUGCAGAUUUUAUUUUUUUUAAAGAUAACUGGUAAACAAUGUGUUAACCUCUUUCAUUAGUAGUUAAUAUUCCAACAUGGUGAAAAACUAAAUGUCAUUGUGGGAUAUGAUCUAAGUGGUGUGUAAAAUGGGGCCGAUGUCUUUUUUUUUCUUUUUUUUUACCUAUUAACUUCAAAGCUAAGUUGUUUUUCAUUUCUCACAUUUGGAAAAACAGGUCAAUAUGAUGUUUUUUUUCUAUAAAGUGUGCUGCUGUUGGAUUUCAUCAUGACAUUUAAAAUUUCUGUUGUAAUAUUUCAAAAUUAUUACGAAUGUGCUCUGGGUAAAAAAAAAGUUUAAAAAAAAGAAACCUAGCCAAAGAUGCUAACCCACAGUCCCCAACACGUUCUCAACUCAAGACGUGCUACACAAAAUACACAGACGGACUUACUGAAGCCCUGACGGCAUGGACAAACCAGCAUGAGCGAUACUUGUCAAGUUUAAAAAAGUUUUGCAUGAAUCUUGUGUCUUUAAUAUUUGACUCCUGAGCAGCCGAACCCAGUUGCGUUCUUCUUUACCACUAAACUCUCCGGAGAAUGACAGGCAGCUAGCCAUUUCGAAGCUAGCUAACACAAAGAGCACAGUGCGGUUUGGCAAAAAGGCCUGCUGACAAACUAAAUGGCUGCCACAUAAAGUGGCACCUACAUUUUCCUGUCGCGGUUUUCUUGCCUCUGUAUGAUAGUUAACUGUGGCCAUACUUCAUAGUUGCUAUGGUUUCUCAAUGAACAGUCCUCUCCUCCUGUCCUGUCUAUAUCCCCCUUGACUGCCAUUAUGUUUUUUUGUUAUUGAAUGUCCAUAUAAAAUGUUUUAUAUAAAAAUGUUUUGUUGUGA